GCCAUCACGGCGCUGACUGCACUGCCGGCAUCCUCCUAACCAGAGCCCGGGACCCCCUUCGGGGCCACUCACCACUGUGACGCCCAGCCUUGCACUGAGGAGGCGCCGUGGACAUCUCUCACACGGCGAACAGGGGCCCACGGGUAUAAAGGCCAGGUGGAGGGCGCCCAGGCACAGCAAGGACUCCCCAGUCCAGAUCUCACCUGGCCAGAACCUCGCGAUCUGCCGUCCAAAGCCAUGCUGCUUCUGCUGACCCUCGUCGUCCUGGGGACCCCCACCUGCUGGGCAGGGACCAUGUAUGGGUACGGAGGAGGCAAAUACUUCAGCGCUUCUGCAGGCAGUGAAGAUGAAAUAACGGGCAUCCGGUUCUGUGUAGGUCCAGCUGGGCUGUUUAAAAGUGUCCAGCUGAGAGUUGGAUCCUCUUGGAGCGAGAGACAUGGUGCCCCCGGUGGGAAUUGCCAGGAGUUCAUCCUGUGGCCGGACGAGCACAUCGUCUCAGUGUACGGCACCUACGGGCUUUUCCUCCGGUCCCUGGUACUGUACACUGACCAAGGGCGUGUGGCCACGUUUGGGAGCGACAGUGGACAGAGCUUCUUCGCCUACCCUGAAGAGGAUGGGCAGGUGCUCACGGGCGUGUCUGGCCAGCACAAGCUCCUGGGCAUCUCUGGCCUUAUCUUUAAAUGGAAUUUUCCACCAGGGGAAGCAACAGCUGCUUCCAGAAGUACCACCACUAUAACUUAACGAGCGCUCCUGGGCCCCUGGGCAGCCGCAGAAAGGAUCCCCCCGCUGAGACAUCUGGGGGUGGGUUGACCACAGUGGGGUAAUCCCGCCAUGACCUCGAAUCUGAAUCCUCCUAUAAAUAAAGCUUCUGCAAA